GCUUGCUUGUUUUGGCGGCCCCUGGUGAGCGCGUACCGGCGUACCACAAAAGUGAUGUGAAACAAGAAAACAUCAUGGCACCGAGCAGCAGCGCGCCGCUUAGCCACGCUCAAACGCUCCGUAGCUUUUUCCAGGUCAACUGCCGCGUCAAAGACUACCAGGCUCACUCGUCCAAGGUGCACUCGGUGGACUGGAGCUGCGAUGGACGGCGGUUGGCCUCUGGGAGCUUCGACAAGACCGUCAGCAUCUUCGCCCUGGACAAGGAUCGCAUGGCAAAGGACCACGUCUUUAAGGGCCACGGAGACAGCGUGGACCAGCUCUGCUGGCACCCCUCCAACCCGGACCAGUUGGCGACCGCCAGUUUGGACAAGACAGUGCGUCUGUGGGACGCUCGCACCCAGAAGUCGGUCACCGUCGUCGGAACAAAAGGGGAGAACAUUAACAUCUGCUGGUCGCCCGACGGGCAGACGAUAGCGGUGGGCAACAAGGAGGACCUGGUGUCCUUCAUCGACGUGCGCUCCCACAAGGUGCGCACGGACCAGCAGUUCAAGUUCGAGGUGAACGAGAUCUCCUGGAACAACGCAAACACCCACUUCUUCCUCACCAGCGGGCAAGGGUGCAUACACAUUCUCAGCUACCCAAGCCUGCAGCUGGAGAUGGUUCUGGGGGCCCACCCGGCCAACUGCAUCUGCAUCGAGUUCGACCCCACUGGCAGGUACUUUGCCACAGGCAGUGUGGAUGCUCUCGUCAGCCUCUGGGAUGUCGAGGAGCUGGCGUGCGUACGCACCUUCUCCCGGUUGGAGUGGCCUGUGAGAACCAUCAGCUUCAGCCAUGACGAAAAAAUGCUAGCGUCUGCUUCGGAAGAUCUUCUCAUCGACAUUGCAGACGUCGAGACAGGGGAAAAGAUUUUCGAGGUGCCCUGCGAGUCGCCGACGUUCACAAUAGCCUGGCACCCCAAGCGCCACCUUCUGGCCUUUGCCUGCGACGACAAGGGGGAAAGGGACCAAGACGCGGGAACGGUCAAGCUCUUUGGCCUGCCUAGCUCCUCGUGAGUGCGCCUGGAGAAGGCAGCUCUGCCACCACAUUUUUGUAAAUAAACGGGAUUCAUCGUCAGUAUAA